AUGUCGACGACGUCUGGAGACAAACUUGGAGGUUACGACUUCUAUCAUAAAGUCCUUGGCAGCCCAAAAUUUAUUGUCGCGCCGAUGGUCGACCAAAGCGAACUACCGUGGAGAGUCCUGUCCCGUCGAUACGGUGCCCAACUUGUGUACACCCCAAUGAUAAAUGCAAAGAUGUUCUAUGAAGAUAAAAAAGGCACAUUCCGUGAGCGCAACUUCAGCCUCGCUUACGGCGAGGAAGGCGGACCUCUGGAUCGGCCCCUCGUCGUUCAAUUCUGCGCCAACAACCCCGAAGCUUUGCUCGCAUCUGCAAAACACAUCGAGAACCACUGCGAUGCUGUAGACAUCAACCUCGGAUGUCCCCAAGAAAUAGCAAAGCGAGGGCGAUAUGGAUCAUUCUUGCAAGAUGACUGGGAGUUGAUAUACUCGUUGAUCAACACGCUGCACAAGAAUCUUGCUGUACCCGUAACAGCGAAAUUCAGGAUAUUUACAUCGAUCGAGAAGACGGUGGAGUACGCCAAGAUGCUUGAACGUGCAGGUGCGCAGAUAAUCACUUGCCACGGUCGAAUAAGAGAGCAGCGAGGACAGAAUACUGGCAUCGCCUCAUGGGAUCACAUAAAAGCGGUCAAACAAGCUGUGUCGAUACCUGUCUUCGCGAAUGGGAACAUCCUGUACCACGAAGACAUCCAAGCGUGCCUUGAUGCAACUGGUUGCGACGGCGUCAUGUCCGCGGAAGGUCAGCUUUACAAUGCCGCCCUGUUUGCACCAGCACCAACAGAUCUGCCUGCUAAUCUCCCGGCUCCCCCUCUCACAUUCGAUCCUCCCCUUUCCGGCCUUCAUCCCCGCCACGCCGACCUCGCUUUAGAAUACCUCUCCAUCGUCUCCUCUCUUAAAACCCCCACAUCCCUAUCCGCCAUCAAAGGCCACCUCUUCAAAUUCAUGCGCCCAGCGUUAUCUCACGAACCCGAUCUUCGCGAAAAGCUGGGCCGCGUGCGCGCCUCAGACCUCAAGCUCGCACUCGUCGAAUACCGGGAAAUCGUAACAGAGAUGAAGGCGAGAAUGGAUCAAGCCGCCGAAGAAGCCGAGGCUUCAGGCAAAACCUGGGAUGAACUCAUAACGAUCGAUCCAAUGACAGGUCUCAAGAUCCUCCCCCACUGGCUAGCCCAGCCGUAUUUCCGACCGUCGAAGUCCUGUGAACCAUUCUCCAAUCCACAACAAGAGUCUGUCGAUGCAAAGACAACGACCAGCCACGGCAGCGACCCUCUGUCUUCGACUGGUGCGUGA